AGAGAUUUACAUGUGAAUUUUCCUUUUCACAAACAAAUAGGACAGUUUGGUCAGCAGACAUGACAUAAGCGGCAGCUAGAUUUGGGGCUUACAGACACCUUCUCUUCUCUUCUCCUGUCUCUCUCUCUUGGAUUAAGGGUUUGUGUGUUGAUGUGCCUGCUAUGCACAUUGAGUUUGUCAGGUCAAAAGGAAGUGUGAAACUUGUUGCUUCUUUGUUUGUUCGAGGUAGAAGAUCAAGGAGGAUAGCUACCUUGAAUCAACACAAAGAACUAUUUUGUCGGAUGUAUAUUAGAAUGUUCAAUCAUGUGUGCCUCAAAGCCUUGAAAAAGGGGUGUGCUUAACUAGAUUCUUGUACUCAGAUAGGAAUGCCUUGAUUCUAUCAGCUGAAGAACUUUGGAGGACGCAAUUGUUUGACUUCUAGCAACGAUUAUGUCAUCUAAGAAUUCUUUGGAUGUGGAAUUGUCAAAGAAGACGUCAUUUUUGGGUUUGAAAAGAUGGGUUUUGAUUGGGAUAGGGGUUGGUGCAUUUAUAGUGCUGAUUCUUGGUAUAUUGUCUAUAUGGGUGAUGUUUCGGAGGAAGUCUAGGAGUAGGAGAUCUCUGGAUAAGUCCCAAAUACCAGAUGUGUCGAAAGAUAUCAAUGUUGAUAAGGUUGCGGUGCAGAGUUCUCAUGUUCAACCUGGAAAUGUGUUUGCUCCUAAUGUUGAUAAUUCAGAUAAGAUAUCGAUUCACAUGAGGACGGGCAAAUUCAGCGAUCCUGAUAGCAUUAGUCAGUGCAGCUCAGUUUAUCAUCACGAGAGAGGAUUGAGUUCUCUGUCAUGGGAAGACGGGAGCUCUGGAAAUUUUAAGAAGCAGUCCACAUUGUCAUAUGGAGGAGGGCCAACGACUGCCUCUCCUUUGAUUGGAUUGCCAGAAUUUUCUCAUCUUGGGUGGGGCCACUGGUUUACACUUAGAGAUCUGGAACAAGCGACUAAUCGUUUCUCAACUGAGAACAUUCUCGGCGAGGGUGGAUAUGGAGUUGUUUACAAGGGCAGACUGAUCAAUGGAACUGAGGUUGCGGUGAAGAAACUUCUUAACAACUUGGGACAAGCAGAGAGAGAGUUCAGGGUUGAAGUGGAGGCUAUAGGCCAUGUAAGACAUAAACAUCUUGUGCGCCUACUUGGAUACUGCGUAGAAGGAGUUCACAGGCUGCUGGUGUAUGAAUACGUGAACAAUGGUAACUUAGAACAAUGGUUGCAUGGGGACAAGUACCAACUUGGGACACUUACCUGGGAGGCCCGAAUGAAAGUUAUACUUGGCACAGCCAAAGCGCUUGCUUACUUACAUGAAGCGAUAGAACCAAAAGUUAUUCACCGAGAUAUAAAGUCGAGCAACAUAUUGAUCGAUACUGAGUUCAAUGCAAAGGUUUCUGAUUUCGGUUUAGCCAAACUUUUGGAAUCAGGAGAAAGUUACAUAACUACUAGAGUAAUGGGAACAUUCGGCUAUGUAGCACCAGAAUAUGCCAACAGUGGUUUGUUAAAUGAGAAGAGUGACAUUUACAGCUUUGGUGUCCUCCUGCUGGAAGCGGUUACCGGAAGAGACCCUGUAGACUAUGCGCGUCCUUCUAAUGAGGUUAAUCUUGUUGAAUGGCUCAAGAUGAUGGUGGGGGCAAGGAGGGCCGAGGAAGUUGUGGACUCGAGGCUUGAAGUUAAACCAUCUGCACGUGCUUUAAAGCGUUCUCUUCUGGUUGCACUCAGGUGUAUUGAUCCUGAUGCAGAAAAGAGGCCCAAAAUGAGUCAAGUUGUUAGGAUGCUUGAAGCUGAUGAAUAUCCAUUUCGAGAGGAUCGAAGGAAUAGAAAGAGCUCAACUACCAGCUUGGAAAUUGAAACAGUCAAGGAUAUUUCUGGUCCAUCGGAUGCUGCAAAGGCGGAGCAUUCUAAGAGCAAUGUGCCGGAAACAACUCUAAGGAUAGAUUGACAACCACAUACUUCGCCUGCAUGUACAAUUCUUGUUGUACUUAUACCCAUUCCAGUAACUAAUUUAUACCUUAUAUCUCCAAGUCUAUGUAUCCUUGAGAAAUUUUGCUGCAACUGACAAGAGAAUCAGACCAGAAAACCCAUCUGGAUAAUGAAUCAUUUUUUUUUUUUUUUAUUCAAAGUGACCAGACAGUGAUAGUGUUGUACAGAUUUCUGCUGAGUCUAUCUUCUGCUUGCAUGAUUGUUCAUUUUUUUUU